ACUACUUCCGCAUAGUAGAAACUGAAAGAGAAAGACGAAAAGACCAGAGCCCGUUUAUUAGACAUUCUCUGGAAAGACUUUACCUACGUUGGUUGAAGUAGCUAUACAUUGGCCUACAUUGAUCACAGUGUAUUAAAACUAAACGGACGGAAAUCUGUGUCCUGGGUGGCGACAUCCAAUACUAAAAGUGUGUCGUUUUGUGAACGAAAGGGCAACGCUAUCUGUGGCCUGCAGCUUGGAGCAUGGAGGAGAACAACUUGCAGCUGCUGUAUGACAUUGACGAUAGACUGGACUCUGAAGAGGUGGCUUCCCUCAAGUUCCUCUGCAGUGAUGUCCUAGGUAGGAAACCACUAGAGAAAGUCAAUGAUGGCCGUGACCUCUUCAUGCGCCUGAACGAAAAAGGUCAGAUGGAAGACGACAUGAUGUUCCUGAAAGAGCUGCUGUACACCAUCAAACGCUAUGAUCUGCUGAAGAUGGUAAAGACAACUGAGCAGGAGGUGUGCAGGUCACUCCAAAUGCGCAGUGAUUCUUAUGGUGGCCUGUCCACCUACAGGAAGAUGCUUUUUGAUAUAGCUGAUAAUAUGACGAGUGAAAAACUGAAUUCCUUCAAGUUCCUGGUGAAUCUGCCCCGAGGGAAAUUAGAGGCCUCCGCAACCAUCUUUGAUGUUUUGACUGAAAUGGAGAAGCAGCAGCGGCUUACUAAGGAUAAUGUGGAGGACCUGGAACGGAUCCUCAAUGAGUGUGAUAAAGAUCUGGCUAGAAAGGUGGAAAAGUACAGGCUAAUUAAAGCAGGUGGUGGCAGGUGGGAUGAACAGGGAAACAGUCCUCAUUCAGAGUCCAUGGAUCACCCGAGUUUUGCUGAGAUGUGUGGAGGAGAGAACUAUCAAGACAUUUCUUGUAACCGUGGUCUGAGUGUGGUAUCAGAUGCAGGGUCGGUGAUAAAUGAUGUAACUAAGGAAGAUGUAGAGAGCUAUACUAUGGACUCGCGUCCCCGUGGGCAGUGUUUGAUAAUCAAUAACUACAAAUUUACUACUAAUGAAUAUGGAACAAGAGAGGGGACAGUGAAGGAUGCUGAGAAGCUGCGGGGAGUAUUUAAAUGGCUGCAUUUUUUGGUGGACGAACAGAGAGACCUGUCUGGUCGUGACAUGAAGGCAGUGGUGCGUGAGUAUGCCACGAUGGACCAUUCGGCUUAUGAUGCUAUUGUCGUCUGCGUUCUCUCCCAUGGGCUGGAGGGCGAAGUCGUUGGUGUGGAUGGGGAAAAAGUGUCCAUCAAAGAUCUCUACAAGCCUUUCACCCGCUGUCUUACACUGAUCGGCAAGCCCAAGCUAUUUUUCAUCCAGGCGUGCCAGGGUACCAAGUACCAAACAGGUCAUUUGCUAGAGGAUGGACCUAACCAGCAAAUGGACCAGCAACUGUUUGAGGAAGACGCUCACAACCCACUGGUUAGGAAACUGUCUGUUGCUGCCGAGGCAGAUGUGUUGAUAGGCAUGUCAACAGUGGAGGAAUUCAAGUCAUUCCGUAAUACCAUGACUGGGUCCAUCUACAUUCAGGCCCUCUGCAGUGCAUUGGAGUCAGGUUGCCCAAAGAAUGAGGACUUGCUGACUAUCUUUACACGUGUGAAUAACCAAGUCAGCAAAGGUCUCUACAAUAGCCACAAGCAGAUGCCUCAGCUAAAAUCCACUCUGACUAAGAAGUUGGUCUUAACUGUGGACUAGAUAAAAUCAAAAUACUGAAUAAAUUCAGCGCGCAAAAUUGUCCCUUCCAAUAUUUUUUUUUUUAAAUGAAGGAGAACCUGUUUAAGAUCUGUCGAGGAAAGUUUUUGUGCAUCAGCAAAUGAAAUAUCACUUAUAAGGAUGCAAGACGUGUGCUGAAUUUUUCAGUACUUUUGGGAUUCACCUGCUGCCUUCAACACAAAAGCUCUGCCCUGACUCUGACGUGCACUUCCUGACACUGCUUGGAACUCCAUCUGCCAAUUUACAGUGUACUAUGUUUUUUAUAUUGCAGAAAAAAAACACAGAAUGAA